CUAGCCAUUAAGGUACCUCAAAAAGAAGAGAUUGUUGAUUUGGAUGGAAAUAUAAGUCAGCAUUUUCGAUUGAUGGUCCCAAAAAAGAAGAAGAAAAAGAAGUUAAAGCAACAACAGGUUGAUGCAAGCAAAGAGUUCAAGAUGACACAGAAGACAAACGUAGAGCCAAAGAAGUAAAAGUCAUAGAAGAACAAGAAAUUGUCACAGAAGUGAGUGACAAAUAUAUCUAUAAAUAGAUCAUAGCUAAAUGAUCAUGAAUGAAACCAUGGAAGAAGGUUCAAAUAACAAGUGUGAAUGGACAAAAACCAGGACUACAUUAAUGGAGGAGCUGAAGAAAAUGGGUACUAUAGCAGUACCAAUGGUGGCUACGAGUGUGCUACAAUAUCUUCUACAAGUUGUAUCAGUGAUGAUGGUUGGACAUCUUAAUCAGCUUUCUCUUUCAAGUGUUGCUAUUGCUACAUCUCUCACUAAUGUUUCUGGGUUUAGUAUUUUGUCAGGGAUGGCCGGUGGAUUAGAAACUUUAUGUGGCCAAGCUUAUGGAGCAGGACAUUAUGAAAAACAUGGAAUAUAUACAUACACUGCAGUAAUAUCCCUCACUAUGGUUUGUGCACCAAUCACUAUUAUAUGGACUUUCAUGGACAAAAUAUUAAUUCUCAUAGGUCAAGACCCUACAAUCUCCCUUCAAGCUCGUACAUUUGCACUUUGGCUAAUACCUGCUUUAUUUGCCUCAGCAAUUCUUAAACCUCUAACACGUUUUUUCCAAACUCAAAGUUUAAUUUUUCCAAUGAUUAUUAGCUCCUUUAUAGUUUUGUGCUUCCAUGGAGUAAUGUGUUGGACAUUAGUAUUUAAAUUAGGGUUAGGACAUGUUGGUGCUGCAAUUUCCUUUAGUUUAGGAACUUGGUUGAAUGUGUUGAUACUUUUGUCCUUUGUGAAAUACUCGUCUUCUUGUGAGAAGACACGUGUGCCAUUUUCCAUGAAGGCUUUUCUUGGUAUAAGAGAGUUCUUUGGUCUUGCUGUUCCAUCAGCAGCUAUGGUUUGUCUAAAAUGGUGGGCAUGUGAGUUGCUUGUUUUGCUAGCUGGACUUUUUCCAGAUCCAAAGUUGGAGACAUCGGUUCUUUCUAUAUGUUUGACAAUAUCUACAUUGCACUUCACCAUAUCCUAUGGGCUUGGGGCUGCUGCUAGCACAAGAAUUUCAAAUGAAUUAGGAGCUGGGAAUCCAAAAGCAGUUCGUUUUUCUAUUUGUACAGCAAUGUUCCUUGCAACUACAGAGGCUCUUAUUAUAACUGCAAUCUUAUUAGGUUGUAGAUGUGUUUUGGGUUAUGCUUAUACCAAUGAUAGUAUGGUUGUUCAUUAUGUGGCUGUUAUGACACCUUUGCUAUGUGUAUCAAUUUUUACUGACAGCUUGCAAGCAGUUCUUUCAGGGGUUGCUAGAGGAAGUGGGUGGCAAUAUGUUGGAGCCUAUGUUAAUCUUGGAGCCUUUUAUCUAGUAGGAAUUCCUAUAGGUGUAGUACUGGGUUUCAUUGCACAUUUCAAAGCAAAGGGCCUUUGGAUUGGAAUAGUUGCUGGCUCCAUUGUCCAAACAAUUUUUCUCUCCAUCAUUACAUCUCUUACGAAUUGGAAAAAACAGGCAAUCAUGGCAAGAGAGAGAAUAUUUGAUGCCACUUCUUCUGAUGAAAGUGUAACAGAUCACACGACCAGAGCAUAAAGUUAAAUUAUUGGUUCCAUAGGUUGUCUAUUAAGAAAACAUUGAUGAAUUAAUUAUGUGUAUCGUUUUGAUCAUUCAAUUAAAGAAGUCAAAAACAAUAACUCAGAAAAUA